AUGGCUGCCAACAAGGGUCUUGAAAGAGCUUGCCUUGUGAGUGAGAGGGACACCAAGAAGUACUCCUUGGCCCUAGACAGGAUGAGCUGGCAUCAGAAGAAUUUAAAUGAAGAGAGGCAGCAGCAAGAAGCAGAAGUUGCUGAAGCUAAUCCAGCGUAUCACUGCCAUUUCUACUCACAGGCCUAUGAGAACAGAAAAAGAGAGCAGCAUCAAGCCAGGAGGAAGCUCUGUGUAGCAUCAGUAAUUUGCAUCUUCUUCAUGGUUGCUGAGAUUACAGGGGAAUGCGUGUUUCACACAGGUGGGCAUAUUGCUGGGAGCCUGGCGGUGAUCACCGACGCAGCACACAUCCUGGUGGACCUGACAAGCUUCCUCAUCAGCCUCUUCUCACUGUGGCUUGCCUCCAAACCUCCCACCAAACAGCUGACCUUUGGGUGGCACCGAGCAGAAAUUCUGGGAGCUUUGCUGUCUAUGAUGAUCAUUUGGAUGGUGACUGGUGUGUUGAUAUAUUUGGCUAGCUUGAGGCUGCUACACCCUGAUUACAAUAUUGAUGCUACAGUGAUGCUCAUUACCUCUGCUUGUGCCGUGAUUGCCAACAUCCUACUGAGCCUGAUUCUGCACCAGGCUGGCCACGGGCACAGCCAUGGAGCACAAGCCAGGGAACAUGUGUCAGCCCCUCUGGAAAAGCCAGCUUUGAGCAAUGCCAGCCUGCGGGCAGCCUUUGUGCAUGCCAUCGGAGAUCUAUUCCAGAGUCUUAGUGUGCUAAUUAGUGCACUUAUCGUCUUCUUUAAGCCAGAAUACAAAAUAGCUGAUCCAAUCUGCACAUUUGUGUUUUCCAUCUUUGUUUUGGCAACGACCAUCACCAUUUUAAGGGAUAUUUUGAUUGUGUUAAUGGAAGGAACUUCAAAAGGAUUUGCUUAUGAUGAAGUGAAGACAAGAAUUUUAGCAGUUGAGAAAGUGGAAUCUGUUCACAACCUUCAUCUUUGGUCUUUGACAAUGAAUCAAACUGUUUUAUCUGCUCAUGUUGCCACAGCAGCCACAGAGGACAGCCAGGAGAUUUUGAGGGAUAUCACCCAAGCACUGUUUGAGCACUACAGCUUCCACUCCAUUACCAUUCAGAUUGAAUCGGGAGAGGAUCAGAAACAUGACUGCAUCUUCUGCCAAGAGCUCGGGGAUUAAAGGGAGCAGUAUGUUAUGCAUCCUUCUUACAGGUCAAUGGAGACUAUAUGUGCUGGUUGUACGUAAU